CGAGACGCGAGUGGGAUGGGGGAGCGCGUCCCCGCCAGCAAAUACCCCGGGUGGGGGGCGGUCUUGCUGCAGGCUCGGGAGCUCUGUGUUUGCCUCUGUGUGGGCUUGGGUACAAGUAGAGAUAGAGAGCCAAGAGUAGUGGGGACGAUCGCAGAGGUUUCGUCGUGGCUCUGCCAGGAGCUGGAAGACCCCUGUCAGCCCGGCUUCGACGCCGAGAGCUACACAUUCACGGUCCCUUGUCGGCACCUAGAGAGAGGCCGCGUCCUAGGCCGAGUGAGUUUUGAAGGAUGCACAGAUCGACCAAAAACUGCCUACUUUUCUACCGACUCCCGAUUCAGAGUAGGUACAGAUGGUGUAGUCACAGUCAAACGGCCUCUACAGAUUCAUAAAACAGAGACCACUUUCUCUGUCCAAGCCUGGGACUCCACCUUCAGAAAGUUUUCCACCAAAGUUAUGCUGAAGGCAGAGGGAUCCUGUCAUCAACACCACAAGCACCACCAGCGCCGGAACAACCACCACCACCAGGACCCUGACCAGGACAUUUCCCCAGGAACCCAGUUAGAAGUAAUCAAAUUUCCCAACUUCCACCGUGGUCUCAGAAGGCAGAAGAGAGACUGGGUUAUCCCUCCCAUCAGCUGCUCAGAAAAUGAAAAAGGCCCAUUUCCUAAAAGACUGGUUCAGAUCAAAUCCAACAGGGACAAAGAAGGUAAGGUUUUCUACAGCAUCACUGGCCAAGGAGCGGACACACCCCCUGUUGGUGUGUUUAUUAUUGAAAGAGAAACAGGAUGGCUGAUGGUGACAGAGCCUCUGGAUAGAGAAAAAAUUGCCAACUACACUCUCUUAUCUCAUGCUGUGUCAUCAAAUGGAAACGCAGUUGAGGAUCCCAUGGAGAUUGUUAUCACAGUGACAGAUCAAAAUGACAACAGGCCUCAGUUCAUCAAAGAGGUCUUCGAGGGAUCUGUCAUGGAAGGUGCCCUUCCAGGAACCUCUGUGAUGCAGGCCUUAGCCACUGACGCAGAUGAUCCUAACACCUACAAUGCUGAGAUCGCUUAUACUAUCCUCAGCCAAGAGCCUACAUUGCCUCACAGCCAAAUGUUUAUCAUCAACCGGAUCACAGGGGUCAUCAGCGUGGUCACCACUGGACUGGACCGAGAGAGUUAUCCCACAUAUACCCUGGAGGUUCAGGCUGCUGACCUUCAAGGUGAAGGCUUGAGCACAACAGCAAAAGCCGUGAUCACAGUGACUGACGUCAAUGAUAAUCCUCCCAUCUUCAACCCAACCACGUACGAGGGUCAGGUUCCUGAGAAUGAGGCCGAUGCUGUCAUCACUACGCUCACAGUGACUGAUGAUGAUGCCCCCAAUACCCCAGGAUGGCAGGCUGUGUACACCAUACUAAAUGAUCCCGACAAGCAAUUUAUUGUCACCACAGACCCCAUAACCAACAACGGCAUUUUGAAAACAGCUAAGGGCUUGGAUUUUGAGGCCAAGAAGCAAUAUAUUCUACAUGUGACAGCAACAAAUGUGGUCCCCUUUGAAGUGAUUCUCCAGACCUCCACAGCCACUGUCACUGUGGAUGUGCUGGACAUCAAUGAAGCCCCCAUCUUUGUGCCCCCUGAAAAAAGAGUAGAAAUACCAGAGGACUUUGGGGUGGGCUUGGAAAUCACUUCCUACACAGCUCGGGAGCCAGACACAUUCAUGCAACAAAAGAUUACGUAUCGGAUUUGGAGGGACACUGCCAACUGGUUGGAGAUUGAUCCGGAGACUGGUGCCAUUUCCACUCGGGCUGAGCUGGACAGAGAGGCCUCUGAGCAUGUGAAGAACAGCACGUACACAGCUCUCAUCAUCGCCACUGACAAUGGUUCUCCAAUUGCCACCGGCACGGGAACCCUCCUCUUGAUCCUCUCUGAUGUGAAUGACAACGCCCCCAUACCGGAACCCCGAAACAUGCACUUCUGCCAGAGGGAUCCACAGCCUCACAUCAUAGACAUCAUCGAUCCAGAUCUGCCCCCCAACACUUCCCCCUUCACAGCAGAACUCACACACGGGGCGAGUGUCAACUGGACCAUCGGGUACAAUGACGCCGCCCAAGAGUCUCUCAUCUUGAGGCCAAAGAAAACCUUAGAGGUGGGUGACUACAAAAUCCAUCUCAAGCUCAUUGAUAAACAAAACAAAGACCAAGUGACCACUUUGGAUGUCAUCGUGUGUGACUGCGAGGGGGCUGUCAACAACUGUAUGAGGGCCAAUUACGCAGAAGCCGGAUUACAGGUUCCUGCCAUUCUUGGGAUUCUUGGAGGAAUCCUUGCUUUGCUAAUUCUGAUUUUGCUGCUCCUGCUGUUCGUUCGGAGGAGAAGGGUGGUCAAAGAGCCCUUGCUACCCCCAGAAGAUGACACUCGGGACAAUGUUUAUUACUAUGAUGAAGAAGGAGGUGGAGAAGAAGACCAGGAUUUUGAUUUGAGCCAGUUGCACAGGGGCCUGGAUGCUCGGCCUGAAGUCACUCGCAAUGACGUAGCACCGACCCUCAUGAGUGUGCCCCAGUAUCGUCCCCGCCCUGCCAAUCCUGAUGAAAUUGGGAAUUUUAUUGAUGAAAACCUGAAGGCGGCUGACAGUGACCCCACAGCGCCCCCUUACGACUCUCUGCUCGUGUUCGACUAUGAAGGAAGUGGUUCCGAAGCUGCUAGUCUGAGCUCCCUGAACUCCUCCGAGUCAGACAAGGACCAAGACUAUGACUACCUGAAUGAGUGGGGCAAUCGCUUCAAGAAGCUGGCGGACAUGUACGGGGGCGGCGAGGACGACUAGGCGGACUGGAGAGACCUGUGCAAUACGAAACGCAGGACAGUGUUGCUGGUGAUAUGCAGCUCUCUUCCCUUGAGAUGGGUCUUGCCGACCAAGACUGAUCCGUGAUACAGUUCAAAUAGUUAUGGUUUUCUCUUCAUAUCUCUGUUUUGUGUGUUAGGAAGGUUUUGAUUUACUCAUUAAAUAUUUUUCCCCUUUAAUCUUUACAUCAUAAAAAGGUCCCAAAGCUCCUAGAAUUUUGAUAUUUGAAAGAACAAUUUCGGCCUCAGAUGUCUGCUAGCUGCCAGGCUCAGUAGCGCACAUCUAUAAUCCUAGCACUCAGAAGGCUGAGGCAGAAGGAUCACUGAGUAGCCUGGGCUACAUAGUGAAUUCAAGGCCAGCCCAAACUACACAGUAAGACCCGGUCUCAAAAAUAUUCAGUGUAUCAAUCGAUAAAAUAAAUUGUUUCUGCUAGCAAUUUAUAGAUUUCCUUAAGGAAGUUUGUCUCAUGUUUAAAAGGAGAGCAAAAGUCAACUGUUGUUUUAUAUAUAUAUAUUUUAAGGGAGUGCCUCCUUCACCACCCCCUAAUCACUACACUGGCGUCCUGUGUCCUGAUCUCCACUCUUACUCCUGAAUUCUGUUGCCCUGCCACACAUGGGAGUUCUGAUACAGAAAAUACUGGGCCCUUUUAGGGUGACAGGCAUGUGUCUUGCUGUGGCCAUGUCUUGACUGGGUAUUGUGUACUCGAAAGACUUUUCUUGGUUUUCCUUUUCAGCUCCUAAGUAUUAGGUUGAAAUGGGCAUCUAUGCAUUUACUUGGUCUGAGUCAGUGUUUGCUCUGUGAAUGUCAUUGCAGGAUACUUUGGUUCUUUAUCAGGAGCCUUGACC